UGUUGUCGUUGUUGUACAUACUAAACUCAAUCAUGAGAAGCCAGCAGCAGCAACGGUCCCAGCCGCCGCAAUGGAUCAAAGCUAAAAAAGCACACCCGGGACUUGUCCAACAUUAUCCGGAUGCAGAAAACACCAAAGCAACAUCCGAAGCUGCGGUAGACAUAAUCGCCAUGCAUGGGCUAAAUGCUCGCUCGCCAGACACGUGGAUAGCCUGGAAGAAAGAUGGAGAUCGAACAUCUGGGAAUGUUUUCUGGUUGAAGGACGACGACAUGUUGCCUUCAAUCAUCCCUAAUGCUCGUAUACUGACUUAUGACUGGAACGCAUACUACGUUGGGAAUCCUUCCAGAGCCACAUUUCUUGGGCAUGCCGAUACCCUGCUCGAUCGAUUGGUCCAGAACCGGAUGGAGACGAAUCGCUUGGAUCGUCCCAUAAUAUUCAUCGCUUCUUGUUUCAGCGGUCUGCUACUUGCUAAGGCGCUUUUGCGGGCAAAUGACGAUUUUCAUGCAGAAUCAGAUGAAUACAGUCGAAUUCUUGGCUUGACCGUCGGUGUCGCAUUCCUUGGCACACCUUUCGGAGGCAGCUGGGAGACUGGGCAUAAAAAUGCCCGGCUUUGGAUUAAAGUUGCGAUGCAGGAGAACACUGAUUACUCCGAGGAGCUUGUUCAAUAUCUGCGAAGCGACAGUCGGAGCGACGAUGAAGGCCGUCCGAGUCCACUCGAUGAAGUCGUUCAAAGGUUCACUGAGAUGGUACACCAUGAUGCUUUCAGUUUCCCAAUUGUAUGCUUUUAUGAGACCCUCCCCACAUCGUUUUCCGCGUUGCUGGCAAGGCUACCUCCGGAUAUCAAACAGGAUGUUAUUGAUGAAAAUGGCUCUGAUGUGACUGUCCCAGAAACUUCUGCUUGUAUCGAUGGUGUUGAACGGAUCAGGUUAAAUGUCAGGCAUAACAUGCUACACAAACAUAAUUCGCCUGAUGGCGAAUGCUUCCGUCUGAUAUCAAAGAGCCUGAAGGAUUUUGCUGAUAAUGCCGAAAAGGUUCUGACAAAGAGAGAGACAUACAAGCAGCAUCUCAUAAUCACGCCGUCGCCGAAGAUUGCGGCUUGGCUCACACAAACCGUCUACUCCUCCGAUCAGUACCACAACUUUAUGUUGUGGCAUGACAGAACGGGCACUUGGUUCUUAGAGUCCGAACAAUUCUUACAGUGGAAGGAAAGUUCAGGGCAGACCUUGUUUUGUCCAGGAGUUCCCGGAGCGGGAAAGACCAUCAUGACCUCUAUGGUGAUUGUCCAUCUUGCCACAUCAAACUCUCACGCCAACAGUCACAAAACUGCCCUGGCUUAUGCAUACUGCAGUUACCGACAGCAUCAUAUCCAAACCGCAGAGUACCUCUUAUCAAGCCUGCUAAAACAACUGAUCCGGACAUGCCAUUCUCUCCCAGAAACUGUAGAUCUGAUGUUCAACAAACUACAGGAACAAUGCAGGAGGCAACCAAGCUUGGAUGAAGCCUCAGAUGCGAUCAUUGAAGUAGUGAGGUCAUAUUCGAAGGCCUUCAUCGUCGUUGAUGCCCUCGAUGAGUGCCAACAAAGCCAACGCAGAAAGUUUUUGAACGAAUUGUUCAAACUUCAAAAACGUUGCAGUAUUAAUCUCUUCGUAACGUCAAGAUUCCUUGAUGACAUUCAGGAAAGAUUUCAAAGCGCUAUGUAUCUCCCAGUUUUCGCUAGCAGAGACGACAUUUCUCUCUACGUCAGAGAAUACAUCAACGAUGUUUCCGAAUUCAUUGAAGGCCAAAGCAAACAAUUGAAAGAAGACAUCGUCAAAUCUAUUUCCAAUGCCUCAGACGGGAUAUUUCUUCUCGCACGUCUUCAUCUUCUCUCUCUUGGAGACAAGCUGAAGGUGGAAGAUAUCGAACGUGCACUGAAGGAAUUUCAAGAAACCAGGGAUAACUUCAUUGAAGCGGAACCAAUAUUAGCUCAUGUCUACUCGAAAACGGUGGAAAGGAUCAACAGCCAGCCACAAGACUACCGAAGGCUUGCGAAAGAAGUGUUAACUUGGUUAACAUUCGCCCAAAGACCGCUUCAGAUGAUUGAUCUCAGACAUGCCCUUGCCAUCCAGGUGGACGCACCUUCGCUGGCUGAUAACGAGGAAAAUUCGUAUUCAGUUCAGCAGAUUGUCUCAGCGUGUGCCGGACUUAUCAGAAUCGACGAAAUGAGCGGAACCAUUUCACUGGUUCAUUAUACGGCCAGUCAAUUCCUCGAAACCAACAUCUGUUAUAUCGAUCCUGAGCCAGGAUUUAAAAACACUCAGGAGCUUCAGGAGCUCUGGACAGUUGAACGCUGUGCGAUCGAGGCUCAUAGGCGAUUGGCUGUUGCAUGCGUCACUUAUUUGUCCCUCGAAAGAUUCCAGACUGAACCGGUUCGCUGCAUCGAAGACUUAAUAGAUCGGUUCGAAGCUAACCCUAUUUACCUCUAUGCUGCUAGACACUGGGGGGCGCAUGCCCGACAUGUUCCGCUUGCUCAAGAGAACGAAGCGCCAUGUUUGGAUUUGAUACUUGGAUUCUUAAGGAGCCUUCCAAAGACCGCUGUUGCUAUGUUUACAAAAGAUCGUGCUCACUUUUUCACGGAGUCACCCAUGGAAACGCCCACGGAAGUAUCCACGGAGACAGAAGACAUUUCUCUUCAAUUCCGGACAUUCCAACCCACAUACUCGUCUUUGCAUAUUGCUGCAAAAUUUCAGAUCCUAGACCUCGUCAAAAUAUUACUAGAGAGGAGGGAGGAGGAUCCAAACCUCCUCGACAGGAACGGAAUGUCCACACUGUCUUACGCUGCGGCGUCAGGGGCCUAUGACAUUUCCGAAUUCCUCCUCGACAACUUCUCUGUCAACCCUACCCAGUUGAGCUAUGACACUAUGUCAUACAGAUACACCCCGCUCAUUCUGGCCGCGAGUUCCGGACAUAAGGAUGUAGUCGAACUACUUAUGAGCCGCGAAGUUGGUGACAGCCAAAUGGGGAAUUUCAACCACCGAGAAAAAGCGCUGGCUUUGGCAGCAGCUAAUGGGCACGUAGAGGUAGUCCAGCUUCUCCUCGAUAGCGGCGUCGACCCUUCGGCCCCGUCCUUUCGCCUUGAAUUUAAAUACACGCCACUGGGACUUGCGUUGCGAUAUGGCCAUGCUCAUGUGGCUAACAUUCUACGCGAACUUGGAGCUACCCGGCAGCAUUACUUGUUUUUCUGGUAGCGCAUAUCCUGCCGAUACCAUAUUAAUAUCACAGUGGUGUUACCGCUGGUAGAGGCAUUUUCUCAUGCCACCCAUAGGCAGGAAAUUGGUAGGAUAUCGCUUUUCGUCGCAAAGAGCAUCCCCACCAACUUACACUACACGAUCAUGGACUUCAAAAUCGAGCUGCUGUAUCAAGAGUUUGCAUAGUGUUUUCAUUUUUGGGGGCCAAAGGUUCCAGCUUUCAUAUACACUGCUAUUUCUGCGGACGAUCUUUUCAGUCUUCUAUUCAACCAAUCUAUUCUAUCUGUUAAUCCAGUAGCCAAUCCGGUG